GGGGUGGGGGAGGGCGGCGGGGGGGGCGCCGACGGCUCCUGCCAUGUCGAUUGGAAGGCACUUACAAGCGUUACUAUUUUGAGAGACUGGCUGUGUGCGCAGUUGCAAACGUGAGCGGGAGGGAGGGAGGUAGGUUUGCUCUUUUUAUUUUUUUUUUCCCUCAUUUUUCUGCACGUUGAGUGCUUCGCAUAAGAGGCCGAUGGCGCAAGAGGGAGACUCAAACUCGCAGCCCGUACCGAGCCGUGCCGCAGCAUCCGGGUCCGAGUGAGUCCAGACGCCACAGGUUGGUGAAGCAGCUGCGCCGAACAGGACCAGAACCUACCCCCCCCCUAACCCCACCCCCCCUCCCAAGCGUUAGAAAGGAACCAUGGCGACUUUCGGGAAACUCACUGAAUACUUUAAUCGGCGCAAAUCUCGAGAGGAGCUGCGGGUCGGCAGGAGCUCGCGGCGGAGUGGCAGCUACUGCUGCACGGUGGCAGAGGCCAGGUCGCUGGAAAGGAAGUUGCAGAGACCCAUCCUGGCCAAGUCCCGCACCCUUCCCAGCAUCCCCCAGUCCCCGCAUGUGUCCAGAGUCCAUCACUCGGAUCUCAUUGGAGGAAGUCCGCCCCGCAGAAAGAACCCACCCACUACCAGCAGCCCAAAAGCCUGCACGCUGCCACCUGAAGGCGAACUGUGGCGCUUGGAGGAUGACAUGGAAGCUGAAGACGAGCCCGAGCGAGGGGAAGCCAGACCUCGCUCCCGCUCGCCCUUUUCUCACUUCCGGGCUCGCGCCGCUUACCUCCGUAAAAGCAUCUCGGCCGACAACCACCUGGACAUGAACUGCGACGACAGCUCGGGGGCUCCGGUGGAGGACAAGCCCGCCCGCGGCGGCAAGGCCAAGCUGAAACGCAAAUUUAGUCUGGGCUCGGUGGAUCGCAAGGAGAAUCAUCACAAGAAGUCGGAGUCUGGAAUCUCCAAGUUUACCCAUCGUCUCUCCCUCAAAGAACGUCCGGCCAAAGCCGAGAAGAGCGCGUCGGAACGAGCGCAUUCCUACAGGCGACGCUCUCUUAGCGUGGAUUGGGCUGAUUCAAGCGAGAUGACUCAGCCCAUGAGGGGGGACCAGGCCCACCAGCCGACCCCGGCCCGCAAGUCAGCCAGCUUGUCGUCGCCAAGCGCGGCUCGCCGCCUCUACCGCAACUUGUCUGGAAAGUUCCGCGUGAGCACCAACCCCUCUGCCUUGGAAGACAGCGCGCCGUCGGGACGGGGAGGAGACAAGGAGCGGCUGCGCAAAACCGCCAUCUUCCAGAGCAACGAAGCUCUUUUUGAAGCCGUGGAGCACCAGGAGUUGGACUUGGUGCAGCUUCUGCUCUCCCAGUACAGCUUGGAAGAGCUGGACCUCAACACGCCAAACAGCGAAGGCCUCCUGCCCCUCGACAUCGCCAUCAUGACCAACAACGUGCCCAUGGCCAAGCUGUUGCUUCGCGCCGGCGCCAAAGAAAGCCCCCACUUUGUGAGCUCGGAAGGCCGAGCGGUCCAUCUGGCCACCUUGGUGCAGGAGGCCGAGCAGCGUGUUUCCGAGCUUCAGACCCAAGUGGGCAGCGUCGGUCCCGGAGAGCGGGAGGGGUCGGAGCGGGAACGGCAACUCAAGGCCUGGGAAUGGCGGCUACGGCUCUUCAGACGCAUGCAGACGGGUUUCGAGCACGCAAAACCUCCAGACGCUCCUAGCGCAGCACGCUUGUCUGUCAGCAGCAACACCAGUCUAACGCUUGAUUUCCAGGAACCCCAAUGCGUCAACUCGGCUGUGGUUACCAAAUACAAAGUGAGCUGGAGUUCCACGCCUUCCUUCGGCUCUGUGCUCGGAGAGGCGGUGGUGGAGGACACCAAUGUGCUGCAGUAUAACAUCACUGGACUCACCUCUGGGACCCCUUAUUACGCCCAGGUGUCAGCCUACAAUAUGAAGGGCUGGGGGCCGGCGCUCGCUUCGACCCCCGCCUGCGCUACUCCGUCCAGUUGGAGGGACGUCGACGGCCGUGCUCCCCGGCAGAGAGGCCAGAAGGAGGUUCUGGACCAGCUGCUUGCCCAAAUAAAAGAUGCCCAUCAGAGCUGCGUCUGCCACGAACAGUGCAAAGCUCCAGCGCAAGGCAGAAAACAUUCCGUCUCCAAAAGUCUGCGUCAUCUCUUUCAACCCAACAGCAAGUUUGUUAAAAGCCUCAAAAGAGGACUCUAUCUGACGUCCAUCUUCUACAGAGAUGACAGUAUCUUAGUGACCCCCGAGGACCAAAUCCCCAUCGUGGAGGUUGAGGAUUCCUACUCCAGCUCUCUAAUGCAGGAUUUCCUUUGGUUCACAAAGGUGUCCUACUUGUGGGAGGAGAUCCCCUGGUUGCAGCAAAGUCUCAGUCCAACACAGUCGUCUUGCUCGUGCACCCUGCAGACGCGACUCAAGAUGCUCCAAGCCGUCUCUCAUCUCCAGGGCAUGCUGGGAACGCAAGAUCUGGGUCAAGUUUAUUUCGAGCCCAUCAAGGACAAGCACGGCAACGCCUUGCUGGUGCUCCUGAAGGACAUGAACGCUUCUCCCAACUUGGACGGCGUGCGUUGGAUGCAACUUUGCAAACUGCAGCUUCAACGCAAGUCCAUUUCCUCACCUGAGGAACCCACCGCUCUGGACAUGCUCCUCAUCACGUUGCACGAGAAGCUUGCUUAUCACCGUCGGAGCAGGAAGCUUUUGUCUCCCGGCUUGUACUUGGGCUAUUUGAAGCUUUGCACCUCCGUGGAGCAGAUCAGAGUGCUGGUGCCUCAGAAGCUCCCCAACGUGCUCUGUCACACCAAGAUACGAGACAACAAUAACGUCUCCAGAGAGGAGUGGCAAUGGCUGCGGGCCCUCGGGUUUCUGGAGGAGCCGAUGGAGACGGAGGCCGGCGUGCAAAGCGGCCCACGGCCACUCCUGGAUGAUCUGAGGAGCGCCAUCAAGGAUCUGGUCGCCCACAUCAACGUCCCCGGCAAUCAGGCACAAGAUUUCCGGAUCUACACCCAGGAAGUGUUGGAGUUUGGGGACAAGGUGUCCUUCCUUCUUCUGCUCCCUCCUUGCGACGAAGUGUGCACAGCUCCCGGUCAGAAUAAUCCCUACUCGCCCCGCUCCGGCUUCCUCAUGCUGCCCCUGCAGAUUUUUGAAUUGGUCCACUUCAACGUCUAUUACCCCGGUUUCAUCGGCCAGUACUGCCGGGUGUCGGCCAUGUUGGAGCUGGAGUCGCUCAUGUCCCAGCAGGCCCUGAGGGAGGCUUUCUCGGAAGAAGAGCUCACCGCUGCCAAAAAAAAGCAUCAGCAGCUUCAGGAACACGUUCAGCAAAUGGAGGAGGUGUGGCGUGACGCCAGGUGGAUCAUGGAGGCCUUGCAGUACGCCCGCUACAAACAGCCCGCGGGAGGCAUCUCCAUCAGCGGCUUAAUCGAUUUCUCCAAGGAAGUGAUGCCUGACAAGCCCACCUCCAUCUCCUCCCAGCCCGACUUCAUGCCCUCCCCCUCGCCUUCACCGGAACCUUGCCGCAAGCACUCAGACUUUGCAGGCCUGUCGGAUGAGGAGGGGUCCUCCGAGGUCUUCCUCACCACAGACAGUGAUUACGACUCCAGUCGGGCUCAGAGCCCCCGGGAGCUGGACCUUCUGCCCCCGUCCCCGCUCUCCACCUCGGCGCCCCUGGAGCCCCGCGGCUUCCUCCGCAGCGACGGCAGCGGCUCGGGAGUCAGCAGAGGCGGACAAGGGGGAGGGAACGGAGCCCUGAGGGACUCCACGCCCGACGUCCUGCAGGCCUCGGAGCAGCAGCGAGGCCGGGAGUUGGGGAGGUGCGGAGGGGGAGUCUGCUGCGGGGGCGAGCGGCGGCGGGGGCCGCCGGAACUUUUUGACAGCGACUUCAUCCUGCCAAGUCGGCAAAUUGAGCUGUUACACAUCACGGAGAAGCGGCAGGCUUUCUGCGUGCGCACCAGCAGCCUGGAGUUCCCCUCGGCCACCUCCGCCAAUCACCACUCGUACUCCCGGCACGCUUCUUCGCCGGCCACCUCGCCGCAGCAACGUUGGCACAGGCCCUCGUCGGUGGACCGCUGUUGUUCGGCCGAACGCGGCUCGCAGCAGCGCCCGCCCGCUCGGACGCUAUCGGAGGACAGCGGCACCCAGCAGCUUUCCACCCCCCGCCCGGCGGCCCACCGGAAAGGCUCCCACGCCACACUCAGAGUGUACCCACAGUACCGCACGGGACUUCCCAAGGAGACCAGUGUCAAGCUUUGCGUGACUCCUUGCACGUCGGCGGGCGAGAUGGUCCAACUGGUGGUGCAAGAGAUGAACUUGGUGUCGCGGCAAAUGCUCGCCGGCGGCGGCGGCCAUCCGGAAGAGGACGCCUACCACGGCCCCGAGCAGUUGAAGCACUUUGGCCUGGUGUUGGUGGUGGACGAGCGAGAAAAGUGGCUGCAGGAUGACUUCUGCCCUUUGGAGCUGCAGAACCCCUGGCUGAGGGGUAAGUUGUGCGUGCGCAUUAAGGCCUACUCGCCACUCGCACUCAAACACGGCCGAGCCACUACCGUGUGAUGUUUUUAUUUCAAAUGAUAAAAUAGGAAAACUCUCAACUGAAAUUUUUUGACGACGACACCCUGUAGCUCCAAUGUCGGAUCUUGAAAAAAGAAAAAAACUCAAACCAGCGGAUUUGCAGUUUCAAAACAACAAGCAAUACUUUUUGUUUUGUUUUUCCACGAACAACAAAGCAUCUUCCAACAAUUGUGCAUCUUUUGAAAUGGUGUCCUGCCGUGCUAAAAAGUGGACCAGUUCAGUGUUUUGCCGUUUUGAUAUUUCCCACAAUGCAACCUUCCCCCACCAAAGGAUUUGAAAGGUGCUUUUCUUUUUAGAGAGGUGACAAUAAGUUUAAGAAAGAAAAAAAAAAAAAACCUUUGUGGCUUUGACAUUUUUCACAUUCCGUGUUUACAAGCAAUUUUUCGGGACAUAAUAGGCUUUUUUUCAUGCUCGGCGGUAUCGCAAACUUAUUGUAGCAGCUGGAGGAGGUUACCAUGACGACGCUCACGUGAGGAAAGUGUUUACAAAGUUUACUAAAAGUGUGCUCUUGUGCUUCUACUGUAUGUUGGAAAAAAAUAGUUUAUUUGCUUUUAACGUUGGCUUCUUUUCAUGUGUUAGCGCUUAGCUUCUUUUGUUGUUUUAAGUGUUUUUUUUUUUUUUUUUAAAUGAGAGCCAAUUGCAAAAAAAAAAAAAAAACAAUGCAAAUGGAGCCAGCCGAGCAGGUGUUGAAUGUAUCGUACGUAAAGGAAAGACGGCGCGCAGCCGAGGAGCGUCCCGUCCCGUAAAUGUGUUUGCUCGCCUCGUGUUUACAAGGAUGAAGGAGACAUUACGUCACUUUUUUGCUAAAAUCUAUUUUUAUUGAACAAUAAAUGAAGAUGACAACAA